GGUUCAAUGCCAUUGUGUUUGAGCUUUAAUAAGUAAGUUCUGUUUAUGUGGAUACAAAGUUAGUGUGUAAAUCUCUGUGUUCUUUUUUUCAGAAAUGUCAUGUUUUAGUGGUGAUCUCAACUUUUGCCCGGAAUGUGGGAAUAUUCUUCCAGUGCCUGGCAGGGAAAAUACCAUUACCUGCCCGCGGUGCUCUUUCAAAAUCCCUGUUCGAGAAUUCACAGGUCAAGUUAUUAAAUCAUCGGUGGUGUUUAAUCCUCUGGAUCAGAGCUCCAGCACUGUUGACCGCGAAGAGGAUGCUGAGCUGAAGGGGCCUGUGAUUGACAGGAGAUGUUCGCGCUGUAACAAAGAAGGAAUGGUUUAUCACACAAGACAGAUGAGAUCUGCAGAUGAAGGACAGACGGUGUUCUUCACAUGCAUACACUGCAGGUUUCAAGAAAAGGAAGAUUCAUGAGAAACAUUGCCGCUGCUAUUGCCAUUUACAUUUAUUGGUUAUCAAAAUUGAAAUAGUGUGAAAUAUUAAAAAUGCUCUGUACAUGUCUUUAAUGUUAUU